ACUAACCUGUGGGACGUCUUCUGAAGGGUCGACCAAAAACGUUCCCGAAACACUUCGUUCUUAUUUUAUUCUUUAAAAACGUAAAAGUGAAAUACACAAAGACUGUAAUUAUCUGCAUGGGUUUAUUCGAGAAGUGAAUUUACGAUUGUCUCGGAAAAAUACAGUGCAACUGUCUCGUCGCAGAUUCGCUUGAGACCCAAGAUGAUCGAGGUGGUGGCCUCCAUGGCCCGAGGCCCGGUGUUUCUGGCCGGGGAGCUUAUGGAGUGUCUUAUAACGUUCACCAACCCGAUGUCUCAUCUUUCCACUUCAGCGAGCAGUGAGAUGCUGGCUUGGGCCAGCGCUCAGAUCCACUGUCAGUUUCAUGCCAGUGAGAGCAGAGUCGCCCUGCCGGCCCAGGGCAACAAACAGGAUGUCCAGGCUGAAAGCGACACAGUGCUGAUUCCAAGCAGAGGAGAACGUGGACAGUGUGUGCUGGACACACCCCCUAAGAUAUUAUUCUGUGACCUGCGCCUCGAUCCUGGAGAGAGUAAAACCUAUUCAUACAGUGAGGUCGUGCCCAGCGAUGGGCCUCCCAGUUUCCGUGGUCAGGCCGUGAAGUACGUCUACAAACUGACCAUCGGCUGCCAGAGGGUCAACUCUCCAAUCAAACUCCUCAGAGUUCCCUUCAGAGUUCUGGUUCUGCAAGGCAUGCCAGAGCCCCCGUUUCCUCAGGAUGAGGAGGUUUCUCCCUCCAACCCAUUCCUGGAGGAAGAGGAAGCGAGCCGCAGGGAUGCUCGGUCUUUAGAGAGAGCACUGGACAUGCUGAUGGUCACCACCUCGAGACGAUGCCCUCACAUGUUUAAUAUCACCAAUAUGCGUGGAAAAGUGGCAAAGUUCUGCAUCUUCAAGAUCGUGUACAGACUCGGCGAGGACAUCAUUGGCACAUUCAACUUCUCAGAGGGAGACAUUCCUUGUUUGCAGUAUUCAGUGAGCCUUCAGAGCGAGGAGGAGAUCCAGGAACAGUACCAACGGCGACCCGGACAGGCCAUCAGUGUGACCGGACAUGGGCGACACAUGGAGUCCUGCCUCCACACCGCGUCCAGCCACUUCUCUCUCCCCAUUCCCCUGAACGUCACGCCGGGGUUCAGCACAGACAUAGUGACCCUGAGAUGGCGCCUGCACUUUGAAUUCGUCACUGCCCGGGAGCCUGUGGAACCGCCCACUGUCCUGCAGAACCAAUCAGAGGUCACUGUUUGGGCGGGGGCGGAGCAUGUUGAAGUGGACACCUUCAGUUGGAAUUUGCCAAUCAAAGUGCUGCCUACAAAUCCAGCUUUGGCGUCCUACGUGUCCCAGUUCACAGGGACCAACAGCAUUAAUAUCUGAGUGUGUGUGUGUGUGUGUGUGUGUGUGUGUAU